AUGGAUUUGGCGUCGAAUCUCGGUGGAAAGAUUGAAAAGGCUGAAGUUCUCUCCGCCGUCGAUAAGUAUGAGAAGUAUCAUGUACACUAUGGAGGUCAAGAGGAAGAAAGGAAGGCUAAUUAUAGUGAUAUGGUUAAUAAAUACUAUGAUCUUGUGACCAGCUUUUAUGAGUUCGGCUGGGGAGAAUCUUUCCAUUUUGCACAAAGAUGGGUAGGGGAAUCUCUUAGAGAGAGCAUCAAGCGACAUGAACACUUUCUUGCUUUACAACUUGGUCUUAAGCCCGGACAAAAGGUUUUGGAUGUUGGGUGUGGUAUUGGGGGACCGUUAAGAGAAAUUUCUCGAUUCAGCUCGGCAUCUGUUACAGGGUUGAAUAACAAUGAAUACCAGAUCACCAGGGGAAAGGAACUCAAUCGCAGAACUGGAGUGGACAAGACUUGCAACUUCGUCAAGGCCGACUUCAUGAAGAUGCCAUUCGAAGACAACAGUUUCGAUGCAGUGUAUGCUAUAGAAGCCACCUGCCAUGCACCAGAUGCUUAUGGAUGCUACAAAGAGAUUUAUAGAGUGUUAAAGCCUGGCCAAUGUUUUGCUGCAUAUGAAUGGUGCAUGACUGAUUCUUUUGAUCCCAAUAACCAAGAACACCAAAAAAUCAAGGCCGAAAUUGAGAUUGGUGACGGGCUUCCUGACAUUAGAUUGACCACCAAGUGUCUUGAAGCUCUUAAGCAAGCUGGUUUUGAGGUCAUAUGGGAGAAAGAUCUAGCAGUGGACUCUCCUGUUGCUUGGUACGUGCCUCUAGACAAGAGUUACUUCUCACUUAGCAGCUUCCGUCUCACGGCUGUCGGACGACUUUUCACCAAAAAUAUGGUCAAGGUUCUGGAGUUUGUUGGACUUGCUCCAAGGGGGAGUCAAAGGGUUCAGGAUUUCCUAGAGAAGGCUGCAGACGGCCUAGUUGAAGGUGGAAAGAGAGAGAUUUUCACACCAAUGUACUUCUUUUUGGCGAGGAAGCCUCACUCAGACAGUAACUAA